ACGCUUUUUACAAUGGCUCCAAAAGGUAAAUCCGCGAGUAAAGCGAUGAAGAAAGCGUCCGGUAAGGUACAAAAGAACAUCUUCAAGUCCGAUAAGAAGUGUAAGCCGAAGAGGGAGGGAUCGUAUUCUAUCUACAUCUACAAAGUGUUGAAACAAGUACACCCCGAAAUCGGCAUCUCCUCAAAGGCUAUGAGCAUCAUGAAUAACUUUAUCAAUGACAUUUUUGAACAGAUCGCAGCCGAAUCUAGUCGCCUUGCUCACUACAACAAGCGUUCGACCAUUAUCAGUCGGGAAAUUCAAACUGCCGUACGAAUUUUGUUGCCCGGAGAAUUAGCUAAGCAUGCUAUUAAUGAAGGUAUAAAGGCCGUCAUAAAAUACACAGGUUUCAAAUAA